GUUGAUUAAUGAAAUAUACCCAAAAAAAAAAAAAAACAACAACAACAACAAACAACAAAAGUUUGAAUCCUUAUUUUCCUGGAGAGGUUAUUUUUCGCUGGGACAUUGAUUUGGUCGUGCAUGCGGAAAAGUUCGGUUGUUUAAGAAAAAGGCAGGGUUUAGCAUAGUACGGAGUGAUGAAAGGCCCAUGAAUGAUGUUUACAAGCUCCACGGCCGCCUCCUCAAGACCACCGGCGCAGUCGAGAACAGCCCCGCUGCCCUCCGCCGCGUCCUCCUCUCAUGCGCCGCCUCCGCCCCGGAGAGCCUCACCCACGCGCGGGCUCUCUUCUCCCGCGUCCGGUCUCCCGACACCUUCGCCUACAACACCAUCAUUCGGGCCCACGCCCACUUCUCCCCCUCCCAGGCGCUCGUCUUCUUCCUCCAGAUGCUCCGCUCCUCCGUUCCGCCCGACAACUUUACCUUCCCCUUCGUCCUCAAGGCCGGCGCCCGUCUCCAGGCUGCCGUCGACGGUGUCCACGCGCUGACCGAGAAGCUAGGCCUUGGUUCCGACCUGUACGUGCAGAACGCCCUGGUGAGCGCGUACGGCUCCUCGAGAUCCGUCGAGUCUGCCGGGAAAUUGUUCGACGAAAUGCCCCAGAGGGACCUCGUCUCCUGGUCCAGCAUGAUCUCUUGUAAAGCCAACAAUGGCUUCCCCUACGAAGCUCUGACGCUGUUCCAGCAGAUGCAAAUGACGGAAAGAACCAGGCCCGAUGAAGUCACCAUGCUCAGCGUGAUAUUGGCAGUCUCGACCAUCGUAGAGCUCGAGCUCGGAAGGUGGGUGGAGACUUAUAUGCACAGGACUGGUUUAGCACUCACUGUCCCUCUCGGUACCGCCUUAGUAGACAUGUAUUCAAGGUGUGGCUCGGUCGAGGAAUCGAUGAGGGUGUUCGAUGCCAUGCCGGAGAGAAAUGUGCUGACUUGGACUACCCUGAUUAAUGGGCUCGCCGUGCAUGGGCUCGGAAAGGAGGCCCUCAGGGCCUUCGAUGAGAUGAAGAGCUCCGGUGUCCGACCUGAUCCUAUCACCUUCAAUGCAGUCCUAGUGGCCUGUAGUCACAGCGGACUUGUGGAUGAAGGAUGGAAGGUCUUCGAGAGCAUAGGGACCGAACACAGGAUGGAGAUCACGCUUGAGCAUUAUGGCUGCAUGGUGGACAUGAUGGGGCGGGCCGGAUUGCUCCAACAAGCAUGUAAUUUUGUCGAGAAGAUGCCGAUACGGCCCAACUCGGUCAUCUGGCGAAUCCUGCUCGGGGCAUGUGCGAACCACAGUGAUGUCAAGUUGGCCGAACAAGUAAAGGAGAGGAUUCGGGAGAUUGACCCUCACCAUGACGGGGAUUACGUGCUCCUGUCGAAUGUCUAUGGCGGGCUGGGCAGGUGGACCGAGAAGUCCCGCGUGAGGAACUCAAUGCAAGAGCUGAGAAUCAGUAAAAGAGUGGGAUACAGCCUGAUAAGUGUAGAUCGGGAGAUCCACAGGUUCGUCUCAGGGGAUAAUUCUCAUCCUAGUUGGGGGAAGAUCUGGAACAUUUUAAGUUCGGUGAUCGAGAGACUGAAAGCUGAAGGAUACUCACCCCGAACUUCAAAUGCGCUUCACGAUGUAGAGGAGGAAGAGAAGGAAAGCAGCCUCAGCUUUCACAGCGAGAAACUGGCAGUAGCUUUCGCGCUGCUAAGCUUCAAGGACAGUCGGACGGUAAGGAUCAUGAAAAACCUGCGGAUAUGUCGGGAUUGCCACUCUUUCAUGAAGCAUGUCUCGGGUACAUUCGGGAGGGAGAUCAUCAUCCGUGACCGGAAUCGUUUCCAUCAUUUCAGGAGGGGUUCAUGCUCCUGUCGAGAUUAUUGGUGAUGACACAAUUAUACCAAAUGGAGGAGGGGCUUUAUAUUAUUGUGAGAAUGAUCUGUAAUGUCAUAUUCGAUUCAAUUGAGGAUCGUACGUUAUGUAACAGAGCAGUUAGCAGA